AAUGCGCCGGUAGCGGUCGGUACUUCAAGCUGCGUCGACUUCGUCGUGUGCUUGUGCAUCGAGAACGUGUAUUUCGAUAAGACGGAACGAUAGAAUUUCAUCAUUCACUUUAUAACAUACAACUAAAUCAUUUAUGAAUUUACGAUGGCUCAUCAGUUAUUGUCGUCAGCAAAUAAAAUAGAAAGGUUAAUACUCAAUUCUGUGCAAAAAGGGCGGCUUGAUUGUCAUCAGCUCCAUCGCACAUUGUCGAUAUUGAAAAAUGGCUCAAAUCUUGCAUUUCUGGACCGAUUGAGUCAGCAAUGGAGACUUUUCAUUGAAAAACCACCAAAAGGGUUUGAAAAGUUUUUCAAGCCAAAUGGACCUAAGGAAUCUUCAAAGCCUGCUGAGGUCAAACAGCCAAAAACUUCAGAAAGCAAACGAACUUCGUCCUCUGGGAAAACUUCCUCGGACACCAAACAAAAUAUUAAUCCCUUUUCGUUUGGUGCUUUUGGUCCCAGUGCCAAAUCUGGGCCUAGUGGUAGUAGUGGCAAACCUCUUGAAGGUGGAGAUAAAGAGAAAUGGAUGGUCAUAGGGAUCAUUAGUCUACUUGGUCUCUUUGGUGCUGUCUCACUGUUUGAUGUGGGUAAUAAAGAAAUUACUUGGAGAGAAUUUGUGUACAGUUAUCUCAAUAAAGGAAUUGUUGAGAAAUUAGAAGUUGUCAAUAAGAAGUGGGUUCGAGUGAGAUUGCUACCGGGCCACAGUGUCGAUGGGUCGCGUUCCCUGUGGUUCAACAUCGGUAGUGCUGACACAUUUGAGAGAAAUCUUGAAAAUGCUCAAUUGGAGAUGAACGUCGAACCCCAGAAUCACUUGCCUGUUGUUUACAAAACCGAACUGGAACCAUCGCAUUUCAUAUCUUACUUACCAACGAUUUUACUACUGGGUUUAUUGGUUUAUGGUAUGCGUCGAUCGGCCGAAUUCAUGGGAGGUCGAGGUGGGCGUAAAGGUGGUCUCUUCGGUGGUGUUAUGGAAUCCACUGCGAAGCUCAUCAAUUCUGGCGACAUCGGCGUUCGAUUCAAAGACGUCGCUGGUUGUGAAGAAGCCAAGAUUGAAAUUAUGGAAUUCGUAAACUUCCUAAAAAAUCCUCAGCAGUACAUUGACCUUGGUGCUAAGAUUCCUAAGGGAGCGAUGCUCACAGGUCCUCCUGGUACUGGUAAAACUUUACUCGCGAAAGCAACAGCCGGCGAGGCAAACGUACCCUUCAUCACUGUCUCUGGAUCCGAAUUUUUGGAGAUGUUUGUCGGUGUUGGACCCUCCAGAGUCAGAGACAUGUUUGCUAUGGCUCGCAAACAUGCGCCGUGCAUAUUGUUCAUCGAUGAAAUAGACGCAGUUGGUAGAAAGCGAGGUGGCCGCAGUUUCGGUGGUCACUCCGAACAGGAAAAUACGCUGAAUCAACUCCUCGUAGAGAUGGACGGUUUCAACACGACGACAAAUGUAGUUGUACUAGCAGCGACGAAUAGAGUGGACAUUCUCGACAAGGCUCUAUUACGUCCGGGACGGUUCGACCGACAAAUAUUCGUACCUGCACCGGACAUAAAAGGACGUGCAUCGAUAUUUAAAGUUCAUUUAGAACCGCUGAAAACAACAUUAGAUAAGCAACAAUUAGCUCGUAAAAUGGCAUCAUUAACCCCUGGAUUUACAGGAGCUGACAUUGCCAACGUUUGCAAUGAAGCGGCUCUAAUAGCAGCCCGCGAUAUGUUGGACAGUAUACAAUUGAAGAAUUUCGAACAAGCUAUUGAGCGAGUAGUUGCUGGUAUGGAAAAGAAAACAAACGUAUUGCAACCGGAAGAGAAAAAAACGGUUGCCUACCAUGAAGCUGGUCACGCGGUCGCCGGUUGGUUCCUUCAGUAUGCAGAUCCAUUAUUAAAGGUGUCUAUUAUUCCGCGUGGAAAGGGUUUAGGAUACGCACAGUAUCUACCGCGUGAACAGUAUUUGUACACCAAAGAGCAAUUAUUUGAUCGGAUGUGUAUGACUCUCGGCGGUCGAGUUUCUGAAGAAAUAUUUUUCGGUAAAAUAACAACAGGAGCUCAGGAUGAUCUUAAAAAGAUAACGCAAAGCGCAUAUGCCCAAAUUGUGCAUUACGGAAUGAACGAAAAAGUUGGUAACAUCAGUUUUGAUAUGCCACAAUCUGGGGACAUGGUACUUGACAAACCGUAUUCGGAGCAUACGGCUCAGCUGAUCGAUCAAGAAGUACGCCAACUCAUUGAGACUGCUCAUAAGCACACGAGGCAGCUGUUGGAUAAGCACAAAGACGACGUGUCCAAGGUUGCCGAGCGCCUCCUUCAAAAAGAAAUACUGAGCCGAGAUGACAUGAUAGAAUUACUUGGGGCACGACCUUUUCCUGAAAAAUCGACGUAUGAACAGUUCGUCGAGGGCACGGGCUCGUUUGAAGAGGAUACAUCGUUACCGGAAGGUCUCAAGGAGUGGAACACAUCAAGAGAUAGUGAUAAAUCGGAUGACGGCAACAAAAGAACCAAAGGGUAUCCGAAUGACGCUUCUAAACCUGGAGUAGAGGCGUCAUCGCCAUCGACAGAAAACAAAAACCAAACUCAACGAAGCUUGUAAUCACUUGUUCCCUAAAAAUCCUUUAGAUUAUAGUCUUUUGUGCCCUUAUUGUUCUUUGUACUAUAGUGAAAAAAAAAAAAUCGCUUACGACUGGUUUACAUUUUCUUUGUGUUUACACAAUAGAUGUUCCCACGAAAUAUCACCAACAUUUAUACCCGUUCGUUUUUCUCAAUGAACAGAUUGCCUAUAUUUUUUCUUUUGCCGCUGUUGCAGUUUUCAGGAGCACCUCCCUUUGGGUUUGGUUUCAAUUAUUCAUAGUUAUCCUACCAAAUGAAAUUUUUUGAGCAUGCUCAGAGUAACCUAUUUAUUGUGGGAGACAAGUUCACAAUAAUUUUAUUUCCUGGACGUCAUAAAUUAUAUUGAUCAUACUGAACAUGUUACAUGAACAGUUUUAAAUAUAUGCGUCAUAUUUUUUAUGAAAAUUUGACGGCUCGAAGUGUCAUUCUGGAAAUAUUUUUGAGUGAGAAUUUUCAUACAAUUGUUAGACAUCAACCGAAUCAUGUGUGAUCCCUGGAAAGUGCUUUUCGAAUACAAUGUUUGUAACCAUUCUGUAUUUUUUUAUUUAUUGAAAAUGUAUUUAAAAAAACUCCACUCAAAAUGUUUGUUGUUAGUUUCUAGAAUAAAAUAAUAAGCAUUUAUUUUCAUUAUCAUCCCGUAAAAAAGUAACAAGUUUUCCGCUAUAUGUGCGUAAAAGCUCUCGAAGUCCCGAAGUUCACGAAGUACGUCUGACUAGACUUUCUCACUAAUAUCAAAUACAUCGUGGCUACGCCAAUCAUUACGAAGGCACUCAAUCGAGUGGGGGAUCUCAAAACUAAAAUAAAUUUUUCGACUGUAUCGUUCGAUAAACGGUUUCUGUACUGUCACCUCUGGUGAGUUUAUUACUGUCCGAUUGUUUGAUCCCAUAAUCCGGUUUAUUAUUGAUUUUAAAGAAUCUAACUCUUGUAUGAUCAGUCACGUCAAGUGCUAGACAUUAAGGAAGUACGAUCGCAUCUUAUCCCGCCGACAGAGUUUUUUGAAUUUUUUUUUUAUCUUAGAACAGACUACCACAUCUGUCCGCUAGUGAAACUUGGAAAUAUUUCAUCAUUUCGAACCACAGAUAAUUAAUAUCAAUAUUUACCGUUUAACACGUACCGUAUAUGAGAACAUGUUAUAGGCACAGUUUGUCAUUCUUCCCUCAACUGUAACGAAAAAACACCUCGAGAGAUUUAAAUAAAAAAAUUGCGUGAUCUAAA